GCCUUUGGAGCAGUGUGCCUUUGGAGCAGUGUGACUUUGGAGCAGUGUGCCUUUGGAGCAGUGUGACUUUGGAGCAGUGUGCCUUUGGAGCAGUGUGACUUUGGAGCAGUGUGCCUUUGGAGCAGUGUGCCUUUGGAGCAGUGUGCCUUUGGAGCAGUGUGCCUUUGGAGCAGUGUGCCUUUGGAGCAGUGUGCCUUUGGAGCAGUGUGCCUUUGGAGCAGUGUGCCUUUGGAGCAGUGUGCCUGGUCAUUUGGUUCACUGACAGGACUAGUGAAGACACACCGGCCAUGAAAAUCUUGUCAUUUCAAACAUUAUUGGGGACAGAAUAGUCUCGGGAAAUCUCGGAUCAGUCGGAACAUUGUCAAUUGAGGCAAACCCAUCCAGAACCACCAACUCCCCAAAACAAGGGAAACCCGUCCAGAACCACCAACUCCCCAAAACAAGGCAAACCCGUCCAGAACCACCAACUCCCCAAAACAAGGGAAACCCAUCCAGAACCACCAACUCCCCAAAACAAGGGAAACCCGUCCAGAAACACUAACUCCCCAAAACAAGGGAAACCCAUCCAGAACCACCAACUCCCCAAAACAAGGGAAACCCGUCCAGAACCACCAACUCCCCAAAACAAGGGAAACCCGUCCAGAACCACCAACUCCCCAAAACAAGGCAAACCCAUCCAGAACCACCAACUCCCCAAAACAAGGGAAACCCGUCCAGAACCACCAACUCCCCAAAACAAGGCAAACCCAUCCAGAACCACCAACUCCCCAAAAACAAACUCAGCCAGUAUUACCCAGCCACAGCAUCUAAACUAACAAAAUUCCACUUCCUCGUGCAUUGAAGUCACUUGGGAGGCGAAGUGAAAAUUUGAUUUAAGUGGGAAUUAGGAUUCCUGAGCUGAAAACAUGCUUCAAACAGACUCGGAGUUCACUAAAACACGAUGGAUCUGUACCGUCAUCGGACUGGGCUUUUACCUGGUGGACAUUGUGACAGACGUUGGACUAGCAGUGAAGUACUUCCUGGUUGGAAACCUGGUCUGGGCUGGGCUGACUUUACUGUUUGUGGUGGUUGGCUCAGCAGCCACACAGGUCUUCAGCUACACCUGGUACAGAGAUGACACGAGGAACCCACUGGUUAAUCCUGGUGGAGACAAGCUGAUAUCUGGGAUGAAUAGAGGAAGACUGAUUGGACUCCAUGUUUUGCAGAUGGGUAUCUUCACCAGGUACUACCACCUGUUGAAGGCAGGAUACAUGGCGGUGUGGUUCAAGUCACCUGGGACUGCUGAAUUCUCCAGAGAGGUCCACUUGGACCUGUUUGGUCAGGCGACCGAUCUGAGCAUGCUCAAACUGUUUGAGACGUUCCUGGAGAGUGUCCCUCAGCUCCUCUUCCAGAUGUAUAUCCUGCUGGGCCAUGGACACAAGUCCACAAUACAAUGCAUCUGCAUGGUGGGUUCAUUCAUCAACAUCGCCUGGGCUAUAGUGGACUACCGCCGGUGUCUCCGUCGAUCCUUACCCCAGGUCCGAGAGAUGCCUUCUGGCCUCCCUACAUUCGUCUACCUCCUAUACAAGCUGUUGACCAUCACCGCUCACAUCCUCAGCCUCAGCCUCUUCCUCGUCCUCAGCCCCUACAGUACCCUGGGAAUGGCUGUCGUCUGGCUGGCCGGAACCCUCUGGGCCCAUUGGGUCCGUACUGACUUCUGCACGUCUAAAGGUCUAGAGAGGCUCUAUCGGAUCAUCGUGGGAGUCGUCCUCAUAUUCACCUUCUUUAACGUGAAAGGACAGGAUACCAGAUGGCAGAUGGCUGUGUACUACGUUCUCUUUGCGUUUGUGAACCUCUCUGGUCCUUUGCUGCUGGUUCUGGUGAGGCCAGAGGUUAACGCUGCUGAGUACUUCUGGCCGGUGACUCUGCUGAUAUUUGGAGGGACCGUUCUAGGACUGGCCUAUCUGCUCCUGUAUUAUACUGUCUAUCACCCCAGAGGGAGGAGUCUACAGGCAGAUGAGCUGGAUGGACACAUGGGACUGGAGAGAGAACCAGAUACAACGCUGAGAAUGAGGAACUUCCUACAGCUCUGAGGCUCACCUUCCUAUUCGCCACAUAUUCAAUGGAGGAGUUAAAAGGACAAUCAGUCAUUUGAAAAACAACAAAGGUGUCACCCAGACACGUUGUUCUGUGAAACAGCUAAGGGGGAUGGGUUGGAGAAAUGUAACUGCUAAGACAAACUCUGGUUGGUGGACUGUCUAUUUGAUGGACUGUCUAGUUGGUGGACUGUCUAGUUGGUGGACUGUCUAGUUGAUGGACUGUCUAGUUGAUGGACUGUCUAGUUGGUGGACUGUCUAGCUGGUGGACUGUCUAGUUGGUGGACUGUCUAGUUGGUGGACUGUCUAGCUGGUGGACUGUCUAGCUGAUGGACUGUCUAGUUGGUGGACUGUCUAGUUGGAGGACUGUCUAGUUGAUGGACUGUCUAGUUGGAGGACUGUCUAGUUGGAGGACUGUCUAGUUGGUGGACUGUCUAGUUGAUGGACAGUCUAGCUGGUGGACUGUCUAGCUGAUGGACUGUCUAGUUGGUGGACUGUCUAGUUGAUGGACUGUCUAGUUGGAGGACUGUCUAGUUGAUGGACUGUCUAGUUGAUGGACUGUCUAGUUGAUGGACUGUCUAGUUGGAGGACUGUCUAGUUGGAGGACUGUCUAGUUGGUGGACUGUCUAGUUGAUGGACAGUCUAGCUGGUGGACUGUCUAGCUGAUGGACUGUCUAGUUGGUGGACUGUCUAGUUGAUGGACUGUCUAGCUGGUGGACUGUCUAGCUGGUGGACUGUCUAGCUGGUGGACUCUGACUGUCAUCCUUUCAGUUUCUAAGUCACCUCAGCCUUCUUUUAUCUUAUCAGUUUCGGUUCCUCCAGUCUUACAGCUGCUGCUCCCUUUACAGUAAAGCUGCAGGCUAAACAGGUUUUGUUCAUUUUGUCUUGUGACAUCACGUCAUGUGAUCGUUCUCACCGUCAGGAGAUCAAAGUCUCUUUUCCUUUUUUUUGUUGCUGCUCUGAAAGACCGGAACAGGUUAAAAGGGACUGUGAUGUUUGCGCCACUACAAAUUCUGCCUACACAUCUCAGGUCUGAUGUCCUCAGCUGAGAUGAAUGAGAGGGACAUCUUCGCGCCUCUUACAUGUUGAUUUAUGAUGUCAAUACAAACACAAGGGAAACUUCCUUUUACACCUUUAAGGGGGAAGUAAGAAGACGUUGUUAUGGACUCACUCAGUGAUGUGUUACAGACUCUUUUAUUUGCCCUUUAUUUAACAUUUAAGUCAUUUAGCAGACGCUCUUAUCCAGCGUCUUAUUUAACCAGGCAAGUCAGUCAAGAACAAAUUCUUAUUUUUCAAUGACG